GAAUUAUUUCACUUCUUCGAUUCCAGAACGUUCUCGUAAUUUGUGGCAAUUUUGGUUCGAAGCGCAAAGAAGCUCGUUACGUCAAUUAGACUAUUUAAGGCUUCGCAAGGUUUCACGUGGCUUCUACACGAUUCGUUGGUGAUUCGUUGGUGGCGGUUUCGUCAUACCCCUCUACGUCAUUCUUUCGAAAAGGGAAAGGUGAGGCAUGUAUAAAAACCUUAAACACGCGAACACACCGGUCAUUCAACCAGAACGAACUUCUUCAUUGUAUGCAUACACGGUGAUUUUGCCUGUAGCAGGACACGAAAACGUACUUGAAGCACCUUUACGGAAAAUAUUUAUCAGAAGAAUUUAGUGUUUUUGUCUCUAGUUCUCGUACCGCGUGUGCUUUUUAUUUUGUUGGUUUUGUUUUCUUCGUUCGGUGUUUUUGUUCUGAGAUUAUCUUCUUGUCCUGUGAUUUUGUGUUAUUUAGACUCGUUUUUACUGUGUUUGCGUGUUAAAACGCGUUCGUCAGUCGAUUCACAAGCAAUUCCCGUGAUUUCAUUUGCAUUUGCUUUGAAAGCGUGAAACGCCUUGUCCAUGGACUCUCACCAAGAAACGCAGGAAAUUGAUCAACAAUUGAUUGCUUCAGAUACCACAGGGACCGCUUCUUCGUCCGUGGAAGUCUCAGCUGAUGCUGAAAAAAGUUCCAUCCAGCCUGCUGUUGAAAACGGUGAUGCGAACGACGUUACUGAGGGCAAGGAGCAGAACGAUUUGUCCUCGGCUCUGAACGAUGAAAAAGCACCAUCGACACAACCGCUUGGCUCGUCUGCAGCCUUGUUGGGGUCUCAUGUUGAUGCAGCUGCGGAUUCGUCGAACCCACAAACGGGAACAGAUACAUCAGGUGCACCUCCUAUCUAUGGAGAAAGUACCAAUAAUGGAAAUAUUGUGCCGAAAUCCUCUGUAGAAGCAUCAGUCGACGCGCAGUCGUUUCCCCAGGAACGUUCAUUGACGCCAGACAACGAACCGAACACAGAUUCUCCUCCGUAUUCCCCGUCCGCCAACCCGAUAUCCUUUUCUCCGUCCGUAAACAACACGUUUCCUUCCGUGCAAGGUGGGCAACCGAGUGAGCUACCGUCUGUCGAGUCACUUGAACCACCUGCCCAACCUUCCAACAUUGAUAUCCAAGCAAUACUCUCUGCUUUAGUACCUUCCGCCACCAGUCUCUCGGCUUCAGCUCAGCCGACUUCUGUACAAUCUUCCUCGGCUGUCCAUGAUGCUAAGGCUCCAUCCUUUCCACAUACCCUUGCAAGUCCCAUUGACAGUAUGAGUAGCUAUAGUCACUUUACCAACACGGCACAUUCUUCCUCCAUUGCCUCUGUAUCGUCGUCUGUUGAACACUCUCCCCUUCUGUCUAUAAAGGAAAUAUCUUCGGCUCCCGAAGGACAAAAUACUCGUAAAAAUGGCGAAAACAAGGACAUUGUAUACCGGUUUCAGCCCAGUGAUGAGCCUGCGUAUCAACAGUUUCUUGAGACGGAAAAGAAAAUUAUGUCCUCCUGGUACCCAGGACAAUUCCCAGAUGCUUCUCGUCUUUUUCUAGGCAAUCUGCCACCAGAAAAGGUAUCAAAGCGUGAAGUUUGGAAGAUUUUUGAAAAAUACGGUCGCUUGGCUCAGAUUUCAUUGAAGCAAACUUACGGAUUUGCUCAAUUCUUUACUAAUGAAGAAUGUGCUGCAGCCUUGCACUCAGAACAAGGCACUAUGCUACAAGGACGCAAGCUUCAUUUGGAUACGUCAAAGCCGCAGAAAAAGUAUCAGCAGCAAAUUGGUGCUUUGAAACGUUCUCGUCGGUCACGGUCGCCGGAGCGACGUUCUGCUUCUCCAUCAAGACUUAGGGGCAAGAGGGAUCAGCGUUCACGCUCACCGAACAUAACGCAUUUUCAUGAAUUACGAACACCAGAAGAGUACAGCAUGUCGAUGAGACAUGCUGUUCCCGAUUGUCAGAUUGUUGUUACAGAUGAUUGUGCACGGACGUUUGUACGGUAUGUGGAAAAAGUGUUCCGUACACAUUUUCUCAGCACCGAUACAAUGUAUCUUUCCUCACAGACAUCUCUCUCGUCUAUUGUGCGUCAACUCUUACUCGAAAAUGUGAUGGCUAUACUAUACAUCAAUACAAACCUGGAACGUUCGGGAAAGGUGUCCCUACAAAUAUUCAAAAAGACAUCAAAAGAAUUUGAAAUUCAUUACGAUGAGUAUACAAAUAUUGAUGCUCCUAUUGCCGCUGAGCUACUGGCUCGCGCAAAAUCUAAUGCUUUGCAGUACUCUUCUGCAAUGCAAGUGAGCAAUACAAAUAAUUCGUAUAGCCCACAAAAUGCUGUUCUCCAGCAAGCAGCAGGAUUAGCAAACCCAAACCUUGCUAAUAUUAUUGGCGGUUUGAGUGUGUCAGGGCUACGACAACUCGUUACUACUUUGCUUACUUCGUCUGCGCUUCCCUCUUCCUCCCCUUCAAGUUUUCCGUUUCCUUCUUCAUUAAAUCAAGUAUCAAAUUCGAAUCCGAGUUUGUACUAUGAAAACGCUGCGCAGGCCUCUCCCCCUGUUUAUGAUCCAAACACUCAGUCACCUCCCUCGCAAUAUCCAUUCAUUUCUGGUUUCGGCGUUCCUGGUCCUUCUAACAUGAGUGCUGCUGCGUCUCAAGCCCAACAACAGUAUCAAGGAAUCAUGGAAAACUUGGCCAAGUUGCAACAGCAGCACUAAUGUUCGUUUCUAGCACUGGUUCUUAAUACAUCUCAGCAACAAAAACGGUUGUUACCGUUCUAGUCUUAAAAGAUUGCCUUGUAAUCUAUCACUGAAAAGUUGUCAUCUUUUUCGUUUCGUUUCCCAGUACAAUCCGGUACAUUCAUUUUAGUUUGGUCGUUUCUACACUUCAAUCAUUCCUCUUUCAAUUAUCAUCUUCCUAUUACCUUUUGUAAGCUUAUUUCCUUGAUUGCGUGUGCCAAUGAUGUCGUUUAUUUAUUGAAAUUGCUGCUACUAAAGAAAAAAUAAAUAUGUGAAAGAAAUGACAUUACAGCUUUUUCCGCUAUGUUGAACCUAGAGAAAGUGGGAUACUCAACGCACCAUAUUAGCGUAAGUUGUGCUUUUGUUGAGAUAAUGGGUAAGCAUGUGUACAUGUUGGAAUAUGCAAGCGUUAAAUAGAAAGAAAAUAGAGGGGGAAUGCGAAACAAAACAUUUCAAUAGACACAUCGCUUAGAAGUCAUCACCAAAAGAACGAGAACAGGUGCAAGCGAACAAACAUUGAGAACGUUCAAAAAAAAAUGCGUUCAUCUAAGCAUCAUUAGAUUCCAUGAGUGCGACGUUUUCCAACUCUUCGGGUGAGGCAGAAUUUCUAUCGCGCUCAGUGGUAGAAAGGGUCGUACUCGCAUUUGAAACACGUCUUCCCUUCCUGGAAUAACCGUACGCAGAACGACGCAGGGAAGUUUCACGCGAAGGGGACUUGGAAUUCUCAGGCAGUGACUUCAAAACACUAUCUUCCGUUUGCGUUUCUUGUACGGCAGUAGCAUCAUCUGUCAAGGAAAGCGAUUCAAUUGAUGGAGGACGUUGGUAAGGAUCAGCAGAGAUAGAAGAAUCGAUAGACACACUUCUUCCGGUUAUGCUAGCCUUUCUAUGAGAAGCGGCGGAACGCUUGAGUUCGGUAAAAAUAAGAGGCCCGUUCGACAGCAAGUCAAAUGCAAGCUUCUGAGGAUGCUUGUCAUGCUGCGUAGCCACAGUCCAAGUCUCUGGUCGCAGGAAACAGAGCGAAAAAACGACGGAUACUCGGUUUAUAAAUUCCGAGCUGGCAUCGUUCGUUGUUAGCGCAUUUAAGCGACUCAGAUGAGUUAUAAUGGCAUCGAGAGCCGCAAUAUUUACAAUUCUCAGCUGGCUCAACAUGCUUUGGACAAGUCGGUUGCGCAUCGUUUCAUCGGCUCCAUGAUUGACAUAUAUAGAACGUACGACCUCAUAGAACUUCGAAGGUAUCGGAGAGUCGGGAAGCUCAAGAAGAAAGAGUUUGAGCAAGCCGACAAUCACCUGAGGAUCGUAAUGUGUCAGAAUCUCACGACUUAUGCCAUU